AUGGAGAAAUUGACAUUAAACGAAAUACCUGAGUUGGCGAAACUGGAGGAAGCAACUGUGGUUGAACCUCCAGUAGUAGUUUUUCUAGGGACUGGUGCUUCAACAGCUCAAAUUGAUUUGCUUGUGACCUUGAGGAUCCUAUUUGUUGAGUCUGUAAUUGCUGGCUUUGGCUUAUCUCCUGCAAUAUAUCCCUUCAAACUUCGAGUUUGGAUGAACAAUAAACACAACCUUGACCAGGCAAGGGAAUUCAUGGCUGAUCUAGCAGCUGGUAAAGUCAAUGUGAGUGCUCCCUUGUUAGCCAAGGCAGUGAAAGGAGCGGUUGUUGUUUGCGUUUUCCCGUCGACCGUGGUUUCCAAUAUGUGCUGUGAGGGAGAGAACGACGAUAGCAGGGCUGCUGGGUUUGUGUGGCGGGCUGGAGUGGUAGAGGCUCUUGUAGUGAGGGCGAGUGAGGCGCGUGAUGGUCAAAAGAGGUUCGGUGUGGUGGAUUUGGAAAGCUCAACUCCUGUCGAUCACCAUGUUGGGCUGUGUGUCAGAGUCAAAGCUUGA